AUGUGUGGACUUUCUGGUUAUCAUAUCAUGAUAGUGUCGAAGUACUUCGCAAUAAUCAAAGACUUUAUUAACUUAGAGUUUGUAUGCAAGAAAUUUGGUGGUAAUAUGGAAAAAUUCCAUUAUAACCCAAUUCCGUUAAAUUCCAAAACUCUUGGAUAUUUUCCAAACAUCGAGACACUUCAUUUGUGGGAAGAAGAGGAUGAAAAUUUUGGCAAUGAAUUUUUGAACAACACGGAAAAAAAUGAAGAUUGUGAAAAUAAAGCCGUUUUUAAAAAAAAGUUCUAUCGAAUCAUUGUGUGGUUCAAUCUUGACUUUGAAACUGUUGACAAAAACAAAAGUCGAAACAUUGAGUUUAAAAACAUUACUUACACUAAAAAUGAUAGAAAGAAAUAUGGUAAUAACAUACCAUCGAGUGUUACAUCAAUCGGUAAAAGUUGUUUUUGUGAAUGCAGUAGUUUAAGAAGUGUUAACAUACCUUCAAGUGUGACAUCAAUUGGUGAAUAUUGUUUCUGCAGAUGCAUAAGUCUAAGUAAAAUAACAAUACCAUCAAGUGUAACAUCAAUUAAUAAUUCUUGUUUUUAUGAAUGCAGUAGUCUAAGUAGUGUCAACAUACCAUCCAGUGUCACAUCUAUUGGAAAAGAUUGUUUUGGUAAUUGUAGUAGUUUAAAUAGUGUCAACAUACCAUCAAGCGUGACAUCAAUUGGUAAUUCUUGUUUUUAUAAAUGCAGUAGUCUAAAAAGUGUAACAAUACCAUCAAGUAUUAAAUUAAUUGGUGAUUAUUGUUUCCCAUCAAACACAGUAGUUCAUCGAAGCAAAUGA